GAUAUGACAAUUAUGCGUUUCCAUGAUUGUAACUUCUUAACAAAAGUUUCAGAUCUUUCAAGCGUCCCAAAUUUGAGGGAUUUAUACGUUCAGAGGUGUACAAGUCUAGUUGAGGUGCAUGAUUCCAUCGGAUCCCUAGAGAAUCUUUUUCAUUUGAGUUUUCUCGAAUGCUCUUACCUCAGAAUUUUUCCAAGAAGCCUCAAGUUGAGAUCUUUAUAUGAACUUGAUCUUAGAGAUUGCUCAAGCCUUCGUAGCUUUCCUGAAAUUCUGUGUGAAAUGAAAUCUUUAGCUAGAUGAAAUCUAGAGCACACUGCAGUGGAAGAACUACCUUUGUCCAUUGGAAAUCUCACUGGACUUCAGGUUUUAUUUCUAAGUUACUGCAAAAACCUUAUGCGUCUCCCAAUUAACAUCAUUCUUCCGUUGCAACAUUUAAGAGAGCUUAUGAUUGGUGGUUGUACAAAUCUGCUGAAGAAGAUGGGGGAUGAUCAACAAUCCAUUCAAGUUGCUGAGUCUUCAACAAUGGAAGACGAGAUAUCAUCGAGUGAAGAACAACUCCAGCAAUUGGUGCCUCCAACAAAUUCAAGCAAUGGAAGUAGUGAAUUACAUGUGUUGAAUCAUCGGAAUUGUUUCCAAUCAGAAUUAAAUUUCUUUCCAAUAUCAAGUUUUUUUACCAUGUUUAAUUUCUCAACCACGUUGACUCAUUUAGAUCUAUCAGGAAGUCAAAUUGUUAGCCUUCCACAAGCAUAAGGGGAUUUGUUGCACUUCUUGAGCUCCACUUGAGAUAUUGCAAGAAACUUGAAGAAAUCUUAGAACUUCCACCAAAUAUAAAAGUUGUAUAUGCUUAUGGAUGCCAAUCAUUAGAAAGAUUUCCAGAUCUAUCAAGAAUAUUGGAAUUCAAUGGAAGCCACAAUAGAUCGCUACUUUUUAUUGGCUUGGACGGCUGCGACAAAAUGCAUGUGAAGAUUUGGAAUUAUAAAGUGCCAAAUCCAUUACUGUGGAAGGAACAUUAUAAUGCCACUGUGUUACCGGAAAAUGAGAUUCCAGAGUGGUUCCAGUAUCAUAAAGAAUUUUUAGAAAAUGAAAUUGCUAAGAGAGGGGAUGAUGAUGUCCAAUUGAAAGGAAAUGAAGAAUGGGUAAUAAAUAUUGAGGGGCCACACUAUUUGGAAGAUAUCAGCGGAAUCGUAAUAUAUGUCGUUACAUUUUUUAAUGAAGAUCUUAGGGAUGAGAGUUUUUUAUCGGAAGCUGAGCGUUAGACCAAUAUGAAGUAUGGACGUGGUACUCUGAUUUAGAAUCAUUUGAGGUAAAGGUUUUGGACAAUUUGAGGGUUCAACUUCGUCUUCCUCCCAAUCCUAGUAAUCCUCUUGGGGUACAUUUUCAGUUACGGUAUUAUAUAAGUAUGGGAGCCAAUGUUGUAUACAAAAAUGAAAGCAGAGCACAUGAAAGAAGAAAAAUGGAUUGAAUUAAAUGAUAGCCCAAGUGGUAUU